AUGAUCGCUCGUCACCGCAACGUCACGUUAUCUCCCCCUGUCACCGAACCGAAACAUAUUAAACGUCGUACAGAUGAUAAAUGUACGACGUACGACGAGAGCGAGACGCGCCGAGGGGAAUAUGUGCUCACCUUCAACUUCCAAGGCCGCGCGAAACAUCUCCGCAUGACGCUCAGUGACUCGGGCCAGUGUCGGGUCCAGCACCUCUGGUUCCCGAACGUUCACGACAUGCUCGAACACUUCCGAGCCCACCCGAUCCCGCUCGAGUCGGGCGGCGCUGCUGACGUCACGCUGACCGAGUACGUCGUGUGCCAGGACGCGGGCCGCCAACAAGUGAGAGACUAGGCGCGCGAUGCUCGAUUGUUUUUAGAAUGCGAGAUGCGUAGUCGAUUGUUUUACGAUUGUGAGAUGUUUUAUCGAUUGCUUUUGGACGUGAGACGUCAUUGUGCUCGGUUUUGAGAUCUUGGUAGAUAGCGAUACCGUAAAUUGCGCGCUCUUUUCACAGAAAAUGACCUCUUUUGGCGUAUACCACAAAAAUGUUUGCGUGUCAGGUUGCAUUAGCAAACAUUUGCUAAGUCAGAGUCUUAUUUGACAAUUCGUUCGAUAUUGUUAUUCGAUUUUUCUUUCGUCAAGUAUGAUCGAUUUAUAUCGUCUUCUCUGGUUUGAUUACUCAAAAGACUUGUUAUUUUGAAUCGGGACAAUAUCUCGAGUUACUUCAUACCGCUGGAGUCGGGCGGCGCUGCUGACGUCACGCUGACCAAGUACGUGCCAGGACGCGGGCCGCCAACAAGUGAGAGACUAGGCGCGCGAUGCUCGAUUGUUUUCGAAUGCGUAGGCGAUUGUGGGAAGUUUUAUCGAUUGUUUUUGGACGCGAGAUGUGAUUGUGCUCGGUUUGAAAUCGUUACAAAAGGAAAUUACGUAAAUCGAACGCUCUUUUCACCGAAACAAGUCGUUUAUGGCUUAGAAAAGUAAUUUGAUGGUGUAAAUCAAACGCUUUUUUCACUGAGAAUAAACCGGUUUUGACGUAAUAUUGUAAUUUUCUUGGUGUAGUCGAUUGUCUUAUGAUUGUGAGACAUUUAAUCGAUUAUUUUGGAACUCAAGGUGUGCUCGUUACUUUUAGGUUUGAAAGGCGAAAUGUUGUUUUAGUGUAUUUAGAUUCAGUUUCAAUAUCGCUAACCUAAACAGAACAGAAUACUUAUGUAUGCGUCUUAACGACAUCAGACACACAUCGCUAGACAAGUCAAUAUUUUUGUUUCGGGACCUUAAAAGAAACAGGUGUCAUUAACAUACAUUAAAUAUCAGAUUUUAGAAAACUUGUAGGGUAUUAUGUAUAUCCAAAUUAUAUUGGAUAUCUCGCAAUUCGUCAAAAGCAAUCGAGAACAUCCACAAUCGUACUAGAAGUGUCGCUUGUAUGUAAUGAGAUUUCAUUAUGUUUAUGUACUUCGUAUUUAUUGCUCAAGCUUUACUUUAAAUAGUAGUUUGUAUCUGUAUGAAUGUUCGUAAAACAUUUUGUUUUCAAUUAUCACAGUUUUUUCAGUUACUGUUAUUUUAACUUUUAGAUUGAAACCAUUCGUUGAAACUACUGCCCAGUCAUCAUAACUUCAUAAGACACUUAUAAAAUGUCACAUAAAUCUAUACUAAUAUGUAUUAUAAAUGCGAAAGUAACUCUGUCUGUCUGUCUUGCUUUCACGCCUAAACCACUGAACCGAUUUUGAUGAAAUUUG